AUGGCUACCAGCUUCCUUCACGUGAAGGGUGAUAUUAUUGUUGACGGAAAUGGAAAGGUGGUUGUGAUGCGAGGAGCUGCUCUUGGAGGGUGGAUGAAUAUGGAGAAUUUCAUCACAGGCUUCGCAGGCCACGAAGCCCAGCACCGCGCCGCCAUGCGCCGAGUCCUAGGACAACAGAGAUAUGAAUUCUUCUUCGACAAAUGGCUAGAGUACUUCUUCACCGAAGCGGAUGCCAAAUUCUUCGCCGAGUUAGGGUUGAACUGUCUGCGUCUGCCUUUCAACUACCGCCACUUUGAAGACGAUAUGAAUCCUCGGGUGCUAAAGGAAUCAGGGUUCAAACAUUUGGACCGAGUCGUCGAUCUGUGCGCAGCCCACAGGAUCUAUACCAUCCUGGAUAUGCACGCUGUCCCCGGUGGCCAGAACCCAGACUGGCAUUCUGACAAUCCUACCAGCUAUGCUGCUUUCUGGGAUUACAAAGACCACCAAGACCGGACUGUCUGGCUCUGGGAGCAGAUUGCCGCCAGGUACAGAGAUAAUCCUUGGGUUGCUGGGUACAACCCGCUCAAUGAACCUUGCGAUCCUGAGCAUGUACGACUACCCGCAUUCUAUGCUCGUGUUGAAAAGGCAAUUCGCAAUAUCGAUCCGAAUCAUAUAAUGUGGCUGGAUGGUAAUACGUUUGCGAUGGAAUGGAAGGGGUUUGACGAGGCGCUGCCGAACUGCGUGUAUGCCAUGCAUGAUUACUCAUCAAUGGGCUUCCCUACCGGCGAUCGCUACAAAGGCACAAUCGAACAAAAAGAACGCCUUGAACGGGGGUACCUGCGCAAAGCGCAAUUCAUGAGCGAGAACAAGACCCCCGUCUGGAAUGGGGAGUUCGGACCCGUCUACGCAGAUCAUAUUCUUGACUUCGAUGCCGAGACUGUUAAUCAGGAGCGAUACAACCUCCUUGGUGACCAGCUGCGCAUCUACGACAAGUAUAACAUCAGUUGGUCGAUCUGGCUCUACAAGGACAUUGGUCUGCAGGGUAUGAUCUACACGAAUCCUGAGAGCAAGUGGAACAAGACGCUCAAACCUUUUCUGGACAAGAAGAGAGACUUCUGGCUGGAUAAAUGGGGCCGUCGGCCUAAGUCUGAGCCCGAGGCGGCUUUGAAGCCUUUGCUCGAGUGGAUUGACCGCGUUAGUCCAACUGCGAAGGAAACUUAUCCCACGUCGUGGAAUACGGAGUUGCAUGUCAUGCGGAAUGUGUUUUACACUUUCUUGGCGGCUUCGUUUGUGGAUGAGUUUGCUGAAUUGUUUCGAGGAAGCAGUGAGAAGGAUCUGGAAGAAUUGGCCAGGAGUUUCCACUUUGAGAGUUGCAUACAGCGAGAGGGUCUGAAUCGUAUACUCAAGGAUCACGCACAUGCAUCUCAUUGA